AUGAUCUACCAAAGAAAGAAUGUACAAUAUUUUUGUGGUAAUUUUUACUCACACUCAUUCCAACAGUACCUCAUAUUAUGCUUGCCCAGUGUUUACUUUACCAGUUUGUUGAGUUUCACCUUAUUUCAAUUUCCUUUUCUUCACAUACUUUCUAACUGUUCAUUGACUCUUUUCUUUUACUUUCUCUCUUUCUGUCUGACUUUGCUUUCUUUAAAAUUUUCUUUCUUUCUUUGUCUUGCUUUCUUCCUUUCUCUUUCUAUGUCUUUUUGUUCUACUAUUCUCUUCACUUUUUGCUUUUCACCUUUCUCUUUCCAUUUUUUGCUUUUCACUUUUUUCUUUCCUUUCUUUACUUUUCACCUUUUUCUUUCCUUUCUUUGCUUUUCACCUUUCUCUUUCCUUUCAUUGCUUUUCACCUUUCUCUUUCCUUUCAUUGCUUUUCACCUUUCUCUUUCCUUUCAUUGCUUUUCUCCUUUCUCUUUCCUUUUUUUGCUUUUCUCCUUUCUCUUUCCUUUUUUUGCUUUUCUCCUUUCUCUUUCCUUUUUUUGCUUUUCUCCUUUCUCUUUCCUUUUUUUUUGCUUUUCUCCUUUCUCUUUCCUUUUUUUGCUUUUCUCCUUUCUCUUUCCUUUUUUUGCUUUUCUCCUUUCUCUUUCCUUUUUUUGCUUUUCUCCUUUCUCUUUCCUUUUUUUGCUUUUCUCCUUUCUCUUUCCUUUUCUUGCUUUUCUCCUUUCUCUUUCCUUUUCUUGCUUUUCUCCUUUCUCCUUCCUUUUUUUUGUUUUUAUCUUUUUGCUUUCCAUUUUUAGCCUGUCUGCUUUUUAUUCAACUAUUUAUUCAUUCAUUAUUGUACUCUUAAUUUUAAAAUAUUCAACAUCCUCCUUAUUGUUUUGCUAUUUAGAUUUUUCACUAUCCAGUCUCUGA